AUGCGUCCAUUUAAUCUUAUUUCAGAUCCAGGAUUAAAAGCAACUUUACAAACAAUUAUUGAUAUUUGUCAAAAACAUCAAGGAGCAGUUAAUAUUGAAGAUAUUCGUGUAACACCAACAACAAUUUCAAACAAUGUUAAUCGAUUGGUUGAACAUUACAGGUCUUUAGUACGACCUGUAUUAAUUGAACAAGCUGAGUGCGGUGUAUUGGCUUUUUGUCCAGAUCUUUAG